AUGAAAGACGCGAGAAGGAAAGUGGAGUACAGGCUGCAGCUCAGCCAGGAGGCGGAAAGCGGAGGAGGCUAUGACGAAAAUGAGACCUUUCCGACGAACGAGGGCUCCUCCACGGCUCCUUUCCAGCCGUCAAUAGAAGACUUCCCGCUUCAGCAGGAGUCCGCAGAACCUCGGACACUAGGGUUAACAGCAUCUCCGGCAGGUACAGGUGAGCUUCGAGUAGAAUCAAGGCAACGAGUUCCACGAGAAUGCAUCUCUAUUUCACCCCACCGUGCGCCGGGUCCACUGGGAGGGUCGGAGUCCUUCCGUGAACUUGAGGCUCUCCUGGCAGUGCCUUUGUCACUAAAGCCGGUUCCUCACGAAUCGCACGCGUAUUCCCCCGUAUCGCAGCCGUUGGUACCACCGUCAGCACCAUCGAAGGCUCCGAAGCACGCCGAUAAGGUAAAAAAGCACCACUCGAAGAAAGCUGCUUUUUCCAAAGCUGAGAAAGGCAAGGGUCAAAGCAAGCUAAAGAAGAUACACAUCAAAAUCAAGAAGUGGAAGAGGUCUCGGCCAAAGAAGCAACUGCAAGCCGAGAACAACGCCGCCAACCCAUCUGUGAAAGCCGGCGACUCUAAGGAGCACGAGUCGUCUGCGCAGUCGUCGACAUUCUUGUCCCGUGCGCUGAAUCUGCGUGUGCCAGAAAUGGGCAGCUCUAUACGCCAGUUGUACAUCAUCCUAUGGAAAGAUGUCUACAUCAACCAAAUCCGACGUCACGUGGUGUGGACCUUGCUAGAGGUAGCGUUCACCGUCAUCGCCAUGUACGGCAUCGGCAAGGACAACCUGGAGCUGAGCUUCGGGGACCCCGUGGGAUUGACGCUCUACGGGCGCACCCAGCCGCUCCAGCUUUGGGAGCACACGGCCACCAAGAUACUCUACACGCCGGACGUGGAACUUCUCGCCGAGCGGACGCAGGUGAUACGCAAGGUUCGCGAAGACCUGUCCAUCCCGUCAGCCGAGGCGGUGACAACGGCGGGCGAACUAGACGAUCGCCUGGAGAGCGGCUACGAUCCCUACGGCUCCGUAGUGGGCGUCGUCUUCGAAGAGGACCUUAGCGACGUGCACAACCUGCCAGACAAGAUUCGGUACCGCGUCCGCAUGCAUGGCGUCAAAUUCGACAUACAAGUGCGAUAUUGGAAAGAACUGGAGACACCCGGUCCGCUGAGCGUGCUCUCCACGGGCGAGAUGAAUGCCUUACUGCCCCUGCAGUACUCUCUGGAGCACCACAUGCUGCACCAAAUUUUGGUGGCCAUGUUCGGCGAGGCAACGGCUGAGCCGGACCAAUUGCAGCUACAACGCUUUCCUUAUCCAGCGUUCUUUCACGAGGGCUUCAACAGCACCUACAGCCGCCUGGUGUUCCACUUCGGCAUCGGUUUCCUGCUCCCAUUCGCCUCGGUCGUCGCCAAGAUCACUGCUGAGAAGUGCUCCGGAAUGCGGGAGCUGCUGAGCAUUGCCGGCACUAGUGAGCUCGUCUACUGGGGCAGCCACUUCCUGAGCGCGUCGUUCACCACACUACUGCUCAGCUGCGUCUGCAUGCUCUUUCUCUUUGUGUUCGGCUCGGAGCCAGCGCUCAGCUACUCGGACCCGCUGCUCAUCUUCGUGGUGCUCAUCGCCUUCAACAGCCUCACCAUCCUGCACGCCAUGUUCGUCUCGGUCUUGCUCACCAGCAGCCGACUCUCGAUCAUCUUCUCGAUGAUAUACUGGAUUUGCAGCAUCGCCUUUCCGUACCUGAUGCUGCAGAACCCACUCGGCCGUGGCUACUACCUGCGUAGCCGCGUCUCCAAGAUAAUUACAUCAAUGUCGCCCGGCAUGGGCUUGCACUGGGCCUUCAUGGUCAUCGAGCGCUUCGAGAGAUUCCGUGGUGGUGUAAACUGGAGCAACAUGGAUGACGCAGCGUCUACGUUGGACAACGUGAGUCUGUCGCACCUGCUGAUGGUGAACGUGUGCACAUGCUUCCUGAUGGUGUUCCUCAUAUGGUACAUGGACAACAUCAUACCCUGGGGUCCGGGUAUCCACAAGCCACCUUGGUUUCCUUUCCUGAAGAGCUACUGGAUCCCUCAGCCCACGAAGAAUGUCAAGGGCCGGCUAAACGCGGACCCAACAUUGUUCGAGUCAGACCCACAAGAUCUCACUCCUGCCAUACAAGUCACCAGUCUUAAGAAGUUCUAUCGCAACUUUCUGUUGCAACACAUCAACCUGAAAAUCUUCCGCCACCAAAUCACCGUGCUUCUCGGUCCAGGUGGCUCCGGUAAAUCAACUAUGAUCAAGAUGGUGACAGGCCUAGUGCAUCCAUCGAGUGGCCAGAUAAUUGUGGACAACUACGACGUGGUGCUGCACACGGAGGAGGCCCGGGAGCGCAUCGCGUACUGUCCCGCCGACAACGUGCUCUUCGACGAGCUUACCGUCGAGGAGCACCUGCUCUUUUUUGCCAUGCUGAAGGGACUGGCCAUGAGCAAGAUUCGAUCGGAGAUCAACCUGCUGCUCACGGACAUCCAGAUGUCCUCGUACAUGAGCUACCGGCCCUCGACCAUGUCGGACGGAAUGAAGCGACUGCUGUGCGUAGCCAUUGCUCUCCUGGUUGCGUCUAAGUGCAAGAUCAUGGUCUUCGACGAGCCGACGUGCACCAUGGACCCGCGCAGUCAGCGCGAAGUGUGGGAACUGCUGCUCAAGGCGAGGCGCCACUGCUGCAUCCUGCUGACCACGCAGAACCUGCACGAGGCCGACGUGCUGGCCGACAAGAUCGCGAUCAUGAACAAGGGGCUGCUGUGGUGCUGCGGCUCGCCGGACUUCCUGCGGGAGCGCUUCCGCGCCGGUUACAGCAUCCGCAUCGCGAAGGAGCCCGGGUGCGACGCGGCCGCCAUUGGGGCACUGUUUAGGCGCCACAUCCCGCACGCGGUCCUCAAGCAGGACUCGAACUUCGAGGUCCAGUACGCGGUCGGGGUCAACCCGGGCAGCCGACGCCUGACGGCCAUGUUCAAGGAACUGGACCGCGAGCGGGAGAACCUCAAGAUAGGCUCAAUGAGCGUCGCAAUGUCGUCGCUCGAGGAGGUUCUGGACAAGGUGACCCACGACCCGAGCUUCCACACGGGUGUCGAUACUGAAUCUCCGCGUCCGAGCGACCACGACUGCGUGUACAAGCCCAUCGGCGCUCCUGGCAGGAGGACGUGCCCGCGACAACUGGCAUGGCUACUCAAGAAGCGCUUCUACAUCUGGCUCCGGGACUGGCACCCACCCGUUGUCCGUUGGGUGGUUCCCGUGUGCGUGCUUCUGAUGGCAACCUAUUUGCAACACCUGUUCACCGAGGAUAAGAUCGUGUCGGCCAACUUCUACAAGGACCGUCUGUUUUAUUCCGUCCGGCAUCUGCACGUUCCGGCGCUGGGCUUCGUCACCUCCAAUAGUAGCGCCGACCCCGUGGUACGCCACCUCGUGAAAAUUUUCGCCGAAGAGGAAGUCCAUCUUGUCGACGUCGGCGCCGAGCGCACCAACACGCACCUCCUAGAGUACGCCGUCGAAUACCCGAUGUCUUACAACUACCGUAUGCUCUUUGGCACCGUCCUCAUAGAAAACGCUACGCCCGUGCUGUGGUUCAACGGCCAGUGCCCGCACGCAGCGCCACUCAUCGUCAACCUGUACCACUCGGCGCUCCUGCGCAACAUCACGCGGAGGCCGACGGCGCGCUUCCUCCUCUACAACCACCCGUACGGCAACGAGACGGCCGCUGAGCGCCAAGGCAGCGGCGACAAUGGUGACAGCGAGAAGCAGGAUUUGCAGGUGCUGCUGCAGAGCAAGAUUUUCUUCGCCGGCCUACCACUCAGCGCCGACACGCUCCUCGUCGAAGUGCUCAUGGGCACAUUCACGCCACUGGCGCUGUGCUUCCACGCGGCCAGCUUCGUGGUGUACCCCGUCGCCGAGCGCUGCUCCAAGUUCAAGCACCUGCAGAUGAUGACAGGCGUGUCCGGCGCCGUCUACUGGCUCAGCAACUUCAUCUUUGACACCCUGCUUGCCGCCUCCUGUGCCGUGAUCUUCGUGCCCACCAUCUGCUUCAGCCACAGAUACUUCCAGAAAGCCGAAUACAUAGCGAUGCUGGCUCUACUCUUCAUGGCGCACGGCCUCUCCAUGGUGCCUUUCUGCUACGUGGCGUCCACCCUAUUCCGCGACAGCUCGUUCGCCCUCUCCAUCAUGGUCAUGUUCCUCUUCUUUAUCGGGCUGCUGGGUGCCCUGGAGACGGUCAUCAUCCACUUCACGCACACCGUGGCCGAGUCGCGACUGCUCUCGUUGGUGCCGCAGGCGCUGGACAUCCUGCUUCGCAGCGUGCCAACAUUUACGCUCACGCGCGGCCUAUCGCAGCUGCAGCGCCUGCAGCACGAGAACCAAAUCUGCCAGGCCACCGAAGAGAUCCUCGCCACCGCUUGCAAGAGCAUCGAGCUCGAACACACCAUCUCGCUCAAGUACUGCUGCAGAGGGCUACCAUCCCGCAACGUAAACGACACCACCGAGCACACCCGCCAAGCCAUGGUGGAGCCGUACGAGCUGUCGAGCGCCGUAAUGAUCGACGUGUUCGUUAUGCUGGUCGAGGCCGUCGUGCUGCUAGCUUUUGUGGUGGUCAUGGACGCCACCGCGUACGCCAGGAUCCGCAGGAAGUUACGCGGGACGGUAAGCUAUGCGUCCUCCUUUGCCAGCUGGUUCUUCUAA